UGAUUAACUAGAUUGACGCCGGACCGUUUCAGAUUGCGGCCCUAAAAGUAUGGCAGAAACGAUGGCUCUUGCUUGACCGCAUCACGUGGUUCCUGAUCAGAGUCCAGACGUCCAAUGGCGGGGAGCAUAAGCUGACCUCCGCAGCAGUAGCUUAUUAUUGCUUUCCAGAUAUCUCACCUACAACCACAGCUGAACUGUUCAGCUAGGUCCAACAGCAUUCGAAAUGGCCACAGAAGAGCAAGUCCCACCACCUCCAGCGGAAGCCAUGUCUAUAGCUUCGCCAAUUAACCUGGUCCUCCUCUCCCUCUUCAUCCUUGUUCUCUACUAUCACUUCCGCCCCAAGUCCCAAGUGACGCUACCCAAAGGCCCACCUCCCGUUGUUUUCCGCACCUUCACUCCCUCUACGCUGCUACCUUUCAAUGGUGUAGAUGGCGCGCCAGUAUAUCUAGCUGUGCGAGGCCGCGUGUUUGACGUGACACCCGGAAAAAACUUCUACGGACCGGGUGGCCCGUACGAGAACUUUGCUGGACGUGAUGCCUCUCGUGGACUGGCCUGCCAGAGCUUUGAUGAGGAGAUGCUCACCCAGGAUCUGAAGGGACCCUUGGAUGACCUUGCGGACCUGAAUGAGGAGCAGCUCGAGAAUCUGCGUAGUUGGGAGGAGCGGUUCCUUGAGAAGUACCUUGUGGUCGGCAAGCUGGUUGCUGAGGGUGAUCCCGAAGCGCCCUCUUCUUGAUUGCGAAAAUCUUCGGAGUCAAUGCAGAAUUGGGCUGAGCAAUUGGCCAGGGCCGCGAGGCUGUAGCUUGGGCUCUCGAAUCUCAUAUUUUGUUUCUACCUCAAAUUUACGAUUCACGUCCCUUGAAAUGCGCAUU